AUGUCUUAUGACAAGCGCCGAUCGUUGAAGGGAAACGUGUACUAUGUUAGUUUCGCAUCAGAUGCUGAUAUCGCAUAUGCUGAUCGGAUUAGUAAACGCCUACGAAAUAUUACAUUAAAACCCUUUCAACCUCGUUAUGCCUCUGAAGUUCAACGUGAGAGUAGUAUAAAAAUAUGUAAUCAUCAAGAGAGUGUUGUGCUUUCAUCUGGUUCACCACCAUCAUUAUCGUCUAUAUCUACUCUUCAUACAUCAAAUUUAGCGAAAGAACAACUUAUUAAUGAUGUUCAAUUGUGUUUGAAUUCCAUAAAAAUGGCAAGACAAGUCACCGAUGAACUUUAUCAACUUUACAGUAAGAUUUUUCUAUUUUUGACCAACUAAAACAUAAAACAAUUAUUAUUGAUGAUAAAACGUGGAAAUGAUUAUUCUGAAGCAUUAAAUCAUCUUUUUAAAGUACACUCAGCUGCUUUUUAUGUUAACCCUUUCCAGCCGGCUACAAGAAGAUAGCAAGCAAAAAAUUCUACUUCUGUAUAUUCUUUAUCUUUUAAGUGUGGAGCUUACCGAAUUCCAUAUUGGAGUUUAAAGAACUAACAUUGAGCAGAAUGCCAACAUGUUGCCUUUUGGCAACAUCCGGUCGUAAGGGUACAAAAAGUUGA